AUGUUCGCUUCCAAGGCCACCUGGCUGCCCUUCUUCGCCCUGGGCUAUGGUAUUUUAGCCACCCCUACGCCUCACGACACCAUCUCCUUCCAUGGCCUUUUCGACAUUACCUCAGAGUCUGUCCACAAUGUUCACCUCAAAUACAGCGACAGGGUCCCUCUUGGUGACGUCCGUGUUGUCUAUGGCGACUGCACCACGAUGAGCCCACAUGAUUUCCAUCACGAGGUAGCCUCGUUCUCCGCCAAGUCUGGGCUCACUCCUGAUCGCAUUGUGUGGGUAGUACCACAUGACAUCAUGGAAAACGGCUGUCUACACGCCUACUUCGAAAACGGGCUCGUUGGUCGGUCUGAGCCUGUCAAACUUUCCUCGCCUCUCAGUAAACGCCAGUCCUUGGAUGAGAUUGGCGACUCCAACGGUCUCUGGUUCAAUGGCGUGAAGUAUCUCAACUCCACCAAGAAGACUUCCGUCUCUGUCGAGGAGGCGAAGAACAAGAGGAUUGCCAUUGUCGGCGGUGGCAUGUCUGGACUGAUGACUAGUCUGCUUCUAACGUCUGUCGGCAUGACGAACUGGCACAUCACCGAGUCCACCGAACGCAUUGGUGGCCGCAUCCGCACCAAGUAUCUCAAUGGUUCAAAGCCUGAAGAUUACCAGUAUCAGGAGAUGGGACCCAUGCGUUUUCACCACACCAACGAGACCUUGGACAUCCAAGAUCACAAGCUCGUCUUCCAGCUGUCGGACGUGCUCAACGAGAUGAACGGCAACGACUCAGAGCUGGCCGUCAAGUUCAUUCCAUGGAUUCAAAGCAAUCCCAACACACCAGCGAAUUCUCGGGGUUAUCGGUUACCCAAUGGCCGUAUUCCUACCGCCGCUCAGCUCUCGGCUGAUCCAAGUGUGCUACCCCCGGUAGCCAAUGCUUCUGACCCCGUCGGUGCUGAGUUGGGAGAGGGGUUCGUGGAUCAGUUGCUAGACUUCACUCCCGAGCGCAUGCGUAACAUCUCCGCCAAUGUCUUCCGCGCUCAUCGCGAGGCUAUUGACCGAGGUCUGUUCCACUGGUCCGAAACAUCGUUCCUGAAAUACAAGCUCGGGCUGGACACAAACACGGUGGAUUUCCUGUCCGGCUCUGGAAGUUCACCCAUGUGGGGUGAAUGGUACGAUAGUGUCUAUUUCUCUGCGACAAAUUGGAGGACUAUUGACAAGGGACUGGAGUCUCUGCCGCGAGCCUUCGCUCCUCACGUUGAGGGCAAGAUCACAUACGGUCGUAAGAUCACCGGUCUGGACUACAACAACGAUACGUCAAAGGUGUCACUCACUUGGAGGGAGCAUCCGCUGGACAAAUCCACCAAGACGGAAGAGUAUGACUAUGCCGUCGUGGCUGUCCCUUUCUCAAAGGUCAGGCUCUGGAGAACGCCCACCUACUCCAGUCUACUGUCGCGAGCGAUUUCCACCCUGAACUACGCUCAGUCUUGCAAGGUCGCGCUUCACUACGAAACGAGAUUCUGGGAAAGUCAGGAGAAUCCCAUUAUGGGUGGUUGCGGAUCAGUCGACAUCCCUGGUAUCGGCUCUGUCUGCUAUCCGGCCUACAAGAUCAAUUCGACGGGUCCUGGUGUCAUUCUCGCCUCGUACGUCAGCGGUGUGCAAGCAAGGUCUGUUGCCGCACUGAGUGAAGAGGACCACGUUGCCAUGGUUCAAGAAGCCAUGGUGGAGGCGCAUGGCGAGAUUGCGAAUGAACAGUGGACUGGGGCGUACGAUCGACAAUGUUGGGAGGUUGAUGAGCACCAGGCUGGCGCAUGGGCCUCUCCUACCGUUGGGCAGCAGGAGCUAUUCAUUCCAGCUUAUCACAAGACGGAGUUGAACACUAUUUUCAUUGGCGAGCACACCAGCAUUACGCACGCCUGGAUCUUCUCCGCCCUCGAGUCUGCCGUGCGCGGUACUACGCAGCUUCUGCUGGAGCUUGGGCUGGUGGAUGAAGCCAAGCAAGUUGUUGACACGUGGAUGGCGCGGUGGAUUACAGUUUAG